AUUGACAACUUACAAUUCGCCACGAUUUCCAAGUUAACACAUGUAAUUUAGACAUUUCUUUAAUUGUUUAGUUGUUAAUAAAAAAUAUGUUAAGAACGCUUUUUCGGUUAACUCCAGCGCAUAGUGUGCUGCGUCAACACUUGCAGCUUUCACAAUGCACAAAUAAAUUGCUGUCAGCCUGUAGUUUAACUACAUCUGCAGUUUCACGUAAUUGCACCAAAAUAGCCGAAACUAAGACUGUCGAAAACGCGGAUCAAAUUACCAAAACACAUAAUAAUCCAUUAGCGAAAACGAAACCAUCAUAUGACACUGAUGAAGCUACCAAUAAGAUUCCUCCACCAACUGGUGAAGAAGAGCGUGCAAAACUUUUAAAAGUCCUACAGCUGGAAGUAGACAUCGCACAUCAGGAAGGCAAGCGUGUACCAACAUUAGAAUCAAUCACAGAAGAGAACUGGUUACACAUACUUACGUUGCCCUCAAAGUCAGCACGUUUUAAGUAUUAUGGCUAUUUGUGGCAAGUGGAGGUGAAAAGGCAGGCAAAAGAACGUAAGAAGGAAGAACGCGCCGUGCAAGUGCUUGAGCGUAAAGAAGAAUUGCGAAAACAGCGUGAGGAGACUGAUCACAUCAUUUAUGGUUUGGGACACACUUCAUUCUUUUUGCGCAUCUACGAUUCGACCAUAAAUAAUUUUCAGAAUAACAGAUUGACCCGCGCCAUGCAGUUCUCGCCUAAAAUUGUGCUAGAUUGCUCUUAUGAUCAGAACAUGACACGGCGAGAAGCUUUAAAUGCGGCCAAACAAUUAAUGUUGUGCUUCGCUGAGAAUCGCGCACACGAUGAUCCCUUCGAUAUGCAUUAUUGCAAUGUAAAUUUGGAAAGUGUAUGUUCCAAGGCUCUGAAACGUUACAUACCUACCAUGUUGAACCCAGAAUUUCCAAUGAAUGUGCACGAAAAAUGCUUUACCGAGCUAUUCCCCAAGGAAAAUCUUGUCUAUUUGACACCACACUGCCGCACAGAUUUGGAAGCCUAUAAUCCGGAUAGUGUUUACAUAAUUGGCGCCAUGGUGGAUACAGUCAACAACGAGCCACUCUCAUUGGCCAAAGCGAAACGUUUGGGCAUACGCAUGGCACGUCUACCGCUAGAUCGCUACCUACAAUGGGGCUCAGGUUCUGGCAAAUCUCUGACGCUAAAUCAAAUGGUUAACAUCUUACUCGAUUUGAAAACGACUAAAGAUUGGGCACAAGCUCUGAAGCAUGUGCCACGCCGUAAGCUGCUCGAUAUGGAAUCAGAAGGGCAGCAGCAAAAGCGAUUGCUUGAAAAACGUGCUAAUCGUUUGAACUUUAAUUUAAAUGAUGUACUAGACGAGAAGCGGAAUAAGGGACGGGAGGAGCAAAGGCAAAAAAUAAGAACACACAUGAAGAAUACGCCAUUCGAUGUAGACGCAUGGGGCGCGAAGAAGAAAAAUAGAAACUCGAACUAGUAGUAAAGUUUUUUUAUUUAAACAUAUGUAUAUAUAUUUAAAGAAAAAAUAUGUAGGGAUAGCUUCAUAAAAGUUAAGUUAACGGGAAGUUUAAAAAAAUGUGAGUUGAAGAAAAAUAGCAUUUUAUUAAAUUUAGUUAUUGCUCUGAA